AUCAUGUUGUUUGCUCAUUUCGCGUUUCGACUCGCUUGUAUCUUCAGCUGCCACGACAGUGUGGACUCGUUUAGAAAAAAGAAAUGAUUUUCCUCAAUUUUAUCGAUCGCUCUGCAAUACUCGAUAAGAGGUAUCACGUUAUCAUCGGAAAUGAUAUGUAACGCGCGUACGUGCACCGAAUGUCGUUAUCUGAAAGACGAUGAAAGGCAGGAUGAUCAGACAAGCUUCGCAGAGUUCUUGGCGAACUGUCAACACGCGAAAUGCAAGGUGGUCCGCUUAGUCCGUCAGCAAAUAAGUAAACUGCAGAACAUGCAGGUAGGUCCUGCGUUCUCGUGCAUCAGGGUGAAGUCUACGAAGCGCAAGAUGAAGUACAAGUGCGAGGCAGGACGCAACGAGUAUACGAAUACAGCGACACUAUCGCGUCGUACGGUAUUUCCCGAGAGAGCGGUGGGCCGCAAGUGGAUGCUGUGGGUCUUGAGCCGCGUUCGUCAUCGGGCUCAUUUGAUGUUAGCGGCGGCUGUGGUCGGUGUGAUAGUCUGGUCUGCUCUGGUGUACGGUCCCUGCUUCUUGUCGUCCCUUAAAUAUACACGCGCUAAACGCUCGCUGUUUUAGACACACAUCCACGGAUCGUUUACUAUGAACGUUGGUUAAAAUUAAUUGAAGCCUGACUCGCGGUCCCCGUUCCCUUCAUAAUUUAGGAUGAGAAAGGGUGAGAGUAUUCCGAUUAAUUCUAACUAACGAUCGUGAGGACGACUUGCUAAUUUUUGCACGAG